GGGCUAGCGAGUAACGCGUGAAACCGGGGAGCCGGCUCAGGCUGGGGGAAAGGGACGUGCGGCUGUGGCGGGGGGGGCGGGGCCUUGCGGGAGCAGCCGUGGGGCGGUCAUGGAGGACGACGCGCCAGUGAUCUAUGGGCUGGAGUUCCAGGCCCGUGCUUUAACACCCCAGAUAGCAGAAACGGAUGCAAUUCGAUUUUUGGUUGGGACACAGUCUCUCAAAUAUGAUAAUCAGAUUCACAUAAUAGAUUUUGAUGAUGAAAAUAACAUUAUAAACAAAAAUGUUCUCAUCCAUCAAGCGGGUGAAAUUUGGCACAUUAGUGCCAGUCCUGCAGAUAAAGGUGUGCUAGCAACCUGCUACAAUAAAACUUCAGACAGUAAAGUCAUGACAUGUGCGGCUGUUUGGAGGAUGCCGAAGGAAUUGGAAUCAGGCAGUCAUGAAUCCCCUGAUGAUUCAUCAAGCAACACUCAAACCCUGGAGCUACUCUGUCACCUUGACAACACAGCCCAUGGCAAUAUGGCCUGUGUUAUAUGGGAGCCAAUGGGAGAUGGUAAAAAGCUCAUUUCACUGGCUGAUAAUCACUUAUUAUUGUGGGAUUUGCAAGAAAGCUCAAGCAACGCCGUGCUGUCCAAUUCUGCUGCAUUGGAAGGAAAAGGGCAAUUAAAAUUUACUUCCGGACGAUGGAGUCCACACCACAAUUGUACGCAAGUUGCAACAGCCAAUGAUACUGCCAUUCGAGGAUGGGAUACACGAAGUAUGAGACAGAUCUAUUACAUAGAAAAUGCACAUGGACAGCUGGUACGGGACCUAGACUUUAAUCCCAAUAAACAGUACUACCUGGCUAGUUGUGGAGAUGACUGCAAGGUGAAAUUCUGGGAUACUAGAAAUGUCACUGAGCCAGUGAAGACACUAGAGGAGCAUUCCCACUGGGUAUGGAAUGUACGAUACAAUCAUUCUCAUGACCAGUUAGUCCUUUCAGGCAGCAGUGAUAGCAGAAUCAUUCUGUCUAACAUGGUAUCAAUUUCUUCUGAGCCUUUUGGACAUCUGGUAGAUGAUGAUGAGCUUAGUGACCAAGAGGACCACCAUCAAGAGGAGAAGAUUUUUGUAUACACACCUUUCAGGACUAAAGAGCCCCUUCAGGACAGCAUAAUAGCUACCUAUGAAGAACAUGAAGACAGUGUAUAUGCAGUGGAAUGGUCCUCAGCAGACCCAUGGCUUUUUGCUUCUUUGAGUUAUGAUGGGAGACUUGUUAUUAACAGAGUUCCCAGAGCACUUAAAUAUCAUAUACUGUUAUAAUUUGUUUGAUAUAAUUAUCUUGGCAUUAUUUUUAGAAGCUUUAAAUGUAUUGAUAAUUGUUUAGCUUUCCAAGUCCAGUACUUUUUUGUUCAGUGUAAACAUUUAAACAUAAUUAAUACAUAAAAUAAACUUGACUAAAA